AUCUCCAAGCCACUGAUGGAGAAGAAGCGACGGGCACGCAUCAAUGUAUCGCUUGAGCAGCUGAAGUCCUUGCUGGAAAAACACUACUCCCACCAGAUCCGGAAACGCAAGCUGGAGAAGGCGGACAUACUGGAGCUGAGCGUCAAGUACAUGAAAAGCCUUCAGAACUCGGUUCAAGGGCUCUGGCCGGUCCCCAGCGCAGCAGAGUUCCCGUCGGGCUUCCGCAGCUGUCUGCCGGGAGUCAGCCAGCUUCUGCGGCGCGGAGAGGAGGGCGGCGGCGGCCUGCGCUGCCCCCUGGCGCACGAGCGCGCAGGGGGCAGCACCAUGGACAGCGCCGGCCCGAGCCCGGAGGCGCCGCUUGGCCCCUGCGUCCCCGCCAUGUGGGCCCCCGCUCCGGCCAUCGGCGGCUCGCGGUCCCCGCCACCCAGGUGCCUCUUUUCUGGGGGUCUCCCCGGCCCGACCUCCAGCGUCCCGGGGCCGCAGCCGGCGCCUCGCCGCUGCGCCGAGAGCCCGGGGCCGGGUCUGGGGGUUUGGCGGCCCUGGUGA